GCGGGGCGUGGGCAGCGCCUUGCAGCCCCGGGGGUCUCGGCCGGUCCGCUGCGGCGGGGUCCGGACGGCGCGGCGGUUGGCGGCGGGCGGCACCGGCCGGAGGCUCUGGGACCUGGCGGAGGAUCUACAGAGUCACAUAGGAGCAGCCUACACUUUGGCCACCACAUCCGCUCAGCCAGCUAUCACCUCACGCCUGCUCUGCACCAGGCCUCGAGCUGCCGGGCAGAGCCAUGAGCCCCCAGCCCUGCGGCUGGGGCCGGUAGCUUCUGAAGCUCUGGUGUGUGACUCCAUGUGUGGUUUGGCCCUGCGGUGACCGGCGUGACCCUGGUGGCCACCAUGACUAAGCUCCUGGUGGCGAAGCUCCUCUGCAUGGUGGGUAUGUUCUUCUUCAUGCUGCUGGGCUCGCUGUUGCCCGUGAAGGUCAUUGAGGCCGACUUCGAGAAGGCGCACCGCUCGAAAAAGGUCCUCUCUCUGUGUAACACCUUCGGGGGUGGUGUCUUCCUGGCCACGUGUUUCAACGCACUGCUGCCCGCAGUGAGAGACAAGCUGCGGCAGGUGCUGAGCCUGGGCCACAUCAGCACGGACUACCCGCUGGCCGAGACGCUCAUGAUGGUGGGCUUUUUCCUCACCGUGUUUGUGGAGCAGCUGGUGCUGACCUUCCGCCGGGAGCGGCCACCUUUCAUUGACCUGGAGACCUUCAACGCAGGCUCGGAUGCCGGAAGCGACUCAGAGUAUGAGAGCCCGUUUGUGGGUGCGGGCGGCCGCAGCCGCGGGCUGUACCCCGAGCCCACAGCACACACACAUGGUGCAGGGCUGCGGCUGCGGGAGCUAGGACGCCCCGGCCCGCUGCGGCUGCUCAGCCUGGUAUUCGCGCUGUCGGCACACUCGGUGUUCGAGGGCCUGGCGCUGGGGCUGCAGGAAGAGGGUGAGCGUGUGGUCAGCCUGUUUGUGGGUGUGGCUGUCCACGAGACGCUGGUGGCCGUGGCCCUGGGCAUCAGUAUGGCCCGCAGUGCAGUGCCGCUGAGGGACGCAGCCAAGCUGGCAGUGACCGUGAGCGCCAUGAUCCCCGUGGGCAUCGGGCUGGGCCUGGGCAUCGAGAGCGCCCGCAGCGUGGGCAGCAGUGUGGCCUCAGCGCUGCUGCAGGGCCUGGCCGGUGGCACCUUCCUGUUCGUCACCUUCCUGGAAAUCCUGGCCAAGGAGCUGGAGGAGAGGAGCGAGCAGCUGCUCAAGGUGCUGUUCCUCGUGUUGGGCUACGCCGUCCUGGCCGGCAUGGUCUUCCUCAAGUGGUGACGGCACUUGCCUGCCUGUCACCUUCUGCCCACCCGAGCUGUGGGUUUCCACAGGACACAGGUCACGUCCUGCGCCAGCCACACUCCAGGGCGACGGCCCACACGGGGCUUCCCGCACUCCACCCACUGAUAAUGCUUUCAAAAGAAGUCUUAAAGUUCUUUACCAAAGCCGUGUGGCCAUGUCACCUCAUGUCCCCGUCACUCCACCUGUCCCUGCCGACACUGCUGAGCCACCAGGGAUGGAGCGUGGGGAGCCGCUGCACCCUCCACCCCAUGUUCCCAACAUGUUCUGUGUAGCCCAGGCCCUGCCCGCCAUUGUCACCCGAGUUUUUCCGGUUGCUCCAGCAUGCCAUGUGACAGGUGCAUCAAAUGAGCAAGGAACUUCUUCCCAGGGGACAGCCCAGCGCUGGCUGGGCCCUCAGGAACCCACUCUUGCUCCCAGAGUGGAUGGGGGCUGCGACUCCAGGGCCAAGCGUGUAGUCUCCUGGGAGGGAGUGGGACGUGGAGAGUGGCUUGGUGGUCUGAGUUACGUCCUCACCACUGGGGUCUCCAGAAGACACAAGGGGAGACUCCCAGGAUGCAGGCAGGAACUCAGCUCCUAGCAACCAUGGUGCCUGUCGCCAUGGCAACACCAGCAUCCUGGGACAACCUGAGUGAGAACUCUUCCUCUGGGGACAUAAGGCUGGCACAGCCUACCCCUUUUUGUGACCUUGGCUCUGUCCACCAGGCGCCACCUCAACAUUGUCCCCUUGGUGGCUGGGUGUCAGACUCCUACCUAGUGCCCCGUCACCAUGGCAAGGUGACCCCCUGCCUGGGUCCUACUCAGAAGAUAUGAGGUACAAAGAACAGGGCCUUGGGGACAACAGGGCCUUAGGCAGUGUCCCCAGAGCCCCAGGGCCUGGGCCACCUCAGUGCUGUAAUAAGUCAGGGUUCACAUGGCACUUCCAGACAUCGGCGUGAGGGACCACCUGUUGAGACCAUGAAGUCUAACCCCGUCCCUGCAGGUGUGGGGACACGCCCACAGUGCCACCUGGCACUCCCCCGGUGCUUUUCUUCCACCCUCCGCGUAACACCCGUGGGACUUCUAAGUGUUCCACACCUUCCCUUGAGCCCAGGUGAGCCCCAUGGAGCCACCGUGCCAGCGCAGGUGUGGGCGUAGGUGACAAAAGACAAUACCGAGUAGGACGCGCCUGAUCCCUGUCUGACCAUCCCAGCAGGAAGACUGUACCCCCUAUGACUACAUUAAGUGGGACCCUCUCCCCAGCACCAACUGCUCUGCCCCUGGGAACACCAGCAAGCCUGAGUGCCUGUCACCAUGGACCUGGUCCCCUCCCCAUCAGUCCUCUGAGUCUCUGAGAAUCAUCCCAAGCACCAGCUCCCUGGCAACUGUGGGAGCUUCUGCCUCCCCUACAGACCUUCGGGUGCAGGUAGCAGCAUCCUUGGGGGGGUGGGGAUCCCAGGCUCAGGAGACACCCGCCAUCACUCCUCAGGCCUGCCUGGCCACGUGUGUAGUGGGCAAAGAAGUGGGCCUGGGAACUCACGAGGCCCUCGGGCUCCUCGUGCUGUGGACCAGGACUUGAGCAGGUCACGGUCGGGGGCUUGUGUCAGUGAAACCAGUCACAUCUCAUAUUGGAGUGCAAAGAAGCAGGGUGAGCAUCCUGCCUGGCACCACAGUGACCCCUCGCCGGGGUGGUCCCUCUGACCGCACAGGUAUGACUGGAGAGGUGGUACCGCCCAUGGCCACCCCCACACACCGCCUCCUGUGGGGACACAGGAGGGAGAAAGCAGGAUGUGAGGAGAGGGUGGGGCGGGCGGCCCAGCUUCACUGCUGAUCUGUAAUAACAUGCCAGCCUCUCAGGGCUUGUUUGUGUUCCGCUAACAGAAGUUAAUAGUGCGGCGGGCGAGAUCAGCAGUCAGUUCCUGGCGCCCUGCCUCUCUCGCUGCUGCAGGGGGCCAGCACCUCAGUCUGGGUUCCCCCAUGGGGGCUGGGGCCUUCUGGGUGUCUCCAGACUCUACCCACCCUUACCCAGGAGCUCCCUGAUUUGGGACAAACGUGUCCCAGAUGUCUCACUGAGUCUUCCAGGGGAGGGGACACGCGUGUACGUUGUCCCCAUGCCCCCGUGAACUUAGGAAGCUGCCAUUCAGCUGAAAGAAAUGAAAUGAACACAUCAGUAUCAGGCACUGUCCCCACAAAUGGAAGAAAAGUCAAGAGACAAGGCUGAUAAAGAACUCAGUGGGCAAGGGGGGGUUGUCACCACACCUGAGACAGACUUGUCUAUGGUGACAGAACUGACCCCUGCCAAUUGUCCUGCUCCUACAGGUGCUCAGUGGCACCUGUGCAGGCACAGGUGUGUGCUCCCCCCAUGUAAAAAAAUGAGGGUUUUUUUUGGGGGGGGUACUCUGUUUUUGUUUUGAGACAGGGUUUCUCUUUGUAGCCCUGGCUGUCCUGGAACUCACUCUGUAGACCAGGCUGACCUCGAACUCACAGAGAUCCGCCUGCCUCUGCCUCCAGAGUGCUGGGAUUAAAGGGGUGCACCAUAACCACCCAGCUAAGAAAAUAGUUUUUAAACCGGGAGUAAUAUCCAUGACUAAUCCCAGCAUUCCAGGCCAGCCUGAUCUACAAAGUGAGCACUGUCUCAAAAAAUACAAUAAGCGGGGCUGGAGCGAUGGCUCAGUGGUUAGAGCACUGGCUGCUCUUCCAGAGGACCCGGGUUUGAUUCCCAGCACCCGCAUGGCAGUUCCAGAGAAUUUAACACCCUCACACAUAUAUACAUGCAGGCAAAACACCA